ACCAGCGGUGGCAAGCGGCUCGGUAAUGUCACCUGCUUCCUCGAGUACGGACGUUAUGGACGACAUUACAGCUGAUUGGUUGGGAUCGAGCAGGCAGACAGCAGCCGCACCCACGCUCCUGAGCUACGUUCACAAUCACAAACGCCUCGACAAAACACUAAAUAUCGUGUAACUGUAGCUAGUGUGUACGGAGAUCAAAUUCAGUGCUUUAGUUACUUUUGUGGUACAUUCGCCAAGCUGAUACCAACACUUAACUUAUCGCAAGGCUAAUUUACAACUGUUUGCACAAGGAGUCCGGUUGGAAAUAGCAUUUCAUUAAGGAGGAUGGCUUCUCGCGGGAAAUCGGAAACUGGAAAACUGAGGCAAAACAUGGAAGAGCAGCUCGACAGACUGAUGCAGCAGCUUCAGGACCUGGAGGAAUGCAGAGAAGAACUGGAUGAGGAAGAGUACGAGGAGACAAAGAAAGAAACCUUGGAACAGCUGAGUGAAUUCAGUGACUCUCUGAAGAAGAUCAUGACAGGAGACAUGACACUUGUGGAUGAACUCAGUGGGAUGCAGCUGGCAAUCCAGGCUGCCAUCAGCCAAGCAUUCAAAACCCCAGAGGUGAUCCGACUUUUUGCCAAGAAGCAGCCAGGACAGCUGAGAACCAGACUAGCAGAGAUGGACCGAGAUGUCAUGGUGGGGAAACUGUCGCAGGACGUGUACAUGCAGCAGAAAAUGGAAAUCCUCACAGCCUUGAGGAAACUGGGAGAGAAGCUUACUACAGAGGAUGAGACUUUUCUCACUGAAAAUGCUACAGCUACCCUGAGCCAGUUUGAAAAAGUGACUGCAAACCUAGGGUCCGAAGACAAAAUUAUGGCUUUAGCUAGCUCUGGUGUGAAAACCAAAGCGUAGUAAUUCUACAAAAUGUUAAUUUUAACUCUGUGUCUUUGUUAUUACCGAGAAACAAACGUGUCAAUUGAUCGUUGAUUGUGUAAAUAAUCAGUGCACUUCUAGGUGUUGCUGUGGACGCUAACACUUUUUAACAGUAUUGUUUUAUACCCCUCCACUUUUGUAAAUGUCUUUUAUCUAUCCAGAUAAGUGUAAUAUUGUAUUAUAGGUACGAGUAUAUGAUUUGUUUAAUAUGAAGACGUGCAUGAAUGUAUAUGAUAAUCGAGGAAGUUCACGAGAAAUAUUCUGUUGGGAAUUGUGCUAUAUUGGGUUGCUGUGUCUGUCUGUCUUAAAACCUGAAAAUUCAA